AUGACAAUAAUAAUAAUGAUAAUGAUUAUAAUAAUAAAAAAUAACAAUAAUGAUAAUGAUAAUAAUAAUAACAAUAAUGAUAAUAAUAAUGAUAAUGAUAAUAAUGACAAUAAUGAUAAUAAUGACAAUAAUGAUAAUGAUAAUAAUAAUGAUAAUAAUGAUAAUAAUGAUAAUAAUGAUAAUAAUAAUGAUAAUAAUGAUAAUAAUGAUAAUAAUAAUAAUGAUAAUAAUGAUAAAAAAAAUAAAUAUUAA